AUUUUUAAAAAAUUCUGAAGAAGAAAUUGAAACAAUAGAAGAAAAAAUAGAAGAGAAAAUUGAAGAAAUUUUUAAAAAUAAUAAAAUUGAAGAAAGAAAUAAAACUAUUAUAACUCAAAAUACUAUAGAAAAUAGUUAUAAUAGUAGUGAAGAGCUUGAUAGUUCUACUUCACAAUAUCAAUUAGAAAAAACAUCAAUAAAAAAAUUUAAACUUCAUAAAUAG